AUGGAGGAGCUCAGAACCUCCAGCUCCAGCCUGGGGCACCGCACCGCGGUCGCCCGCGAGCUGCUCCUGGCCACGCUGGAGGACCUGAGCCAGGAGCAGCUGAAACGCUUUCGCCACAAGCUGCGGGACGCGCCCGAGGGAAGCCCCAGCAUCCCGUGGGGGCGGCUGGAGCGCGCAGAUGCCCUGGACCUCGUGGAACGGCUGAUGGAGUUCUAUGGGCCCGAGCCCGCGCUGGAGGUGGCCCGCAAGACCCUGAAGAGGUCUGACGUGCGCGACGUGGCGGCUCGACUCAAGGAGCAGCGGCUGCAGCGCCUCGGCCCUGGACCCUCCGGGGAGCUCUCCGCGUCUGAGUACAAGAAGAAAUACCGUGAGCACGUGCUGCUGCUGCAUGCCAAGGUGAAAGAGAGGAACGCGCGCUCGGUCAAGAUCACCAAGCGCUUCACCAAACUGCUCAUCGCGCCUGAGGGCUCCGACGCCGAGGACGAUGCUCUGGGGCCUGCGGAGGAGCCGUCGCCACGGCGCGCGCGGCGCUCGGAUACCGACACCUUCAACCGGCUGUACGGCCCAGACCCGGAAGGACAGCGGUCUCUGACCGUGGUGCUUCAGGGCCCGGCGGGCAUUGGCAAGACCAUGGCGGCCAAGAAGAUCCUGUACGACUGGGCGGCUGGCAAGCUCUACCAAGGCCAGGUGGACUUCGCCUUUUUCCUGCCAUGCCACGAGCUGCUGGAGAGAACGUGCGCACGCAGCCUGGCUGACCUGGUCCUGGAUCAGUGCCCCGACCGCAGGGCGCCGGUGCGCCAGAUGCUGGCGCGGCCCGAGAGGCUGCUCUUCAUCCUUGAUGGCGCCGACGAGCUGCCGGCGCAGGUGUCCUCCAAGGCUGCGCCCUGCACCGACCCCUUCCAGGCGACCGGCGGCGCGCAGAUCCUGAGCGCGCUACUGAGCAAGUCGCUGCUGCCCACGGCCCGCCUCCUGGUGACCACGCGCGCUGCCGCGGCCGAAAGGCUGCAGGGCCACCUGCGCUCGCCGCAGUGCUCGGAGGUGCGCGGCUUCUCCGACAAGGACAAGAAGAAGUACUUCUACAAGUUCUUUCGCAACGAGCGCAGGGCCGAGCGCGCCUACCGCUUCGUGAAGGAGAACGAGACACUGUUCGCGCUGUGCUUCGUCCCCUUCGUGUGCUCCAUCGUGUGCACCGUGCUGCGCCAGCAGCUAGAGCGCGGCCAGGACCUGUCGCGCACCUCCAGGACCACCACAUCCGUGUACCUGCUUUUCAUCGUUACCUUGCUGCGCUCGGAGCCUCCAGCCAGCGGGGCCUGGGUGCAGGGCGAGCUGCGCAAGCUGUGCCGCCUGGCCCGCGAGGGCGUCCUGGGGCGCCGGGCACAGUUCGCAGAGAAGGACCUGGAGCGACUGGAGCUGCGCGGCUCCGGCGUGCAGACGCUGUUUCUCAACAAGAAGCAGAUGCCGGGCGUGCUGGAGGCCGAGGCCGUCCACCAGUUCUUCGACCACAGCUUCCAGGAGUUUUUCGCAGCGCUGUCCUACCUACUGGAGGAGGGGCGGCCCGAGGCGCCCGGCGGUGGCGUCGGGGCGCUCCUGCGCGCCGAUGCGGAGCUGCGAGGCCACCUGACACUCACCAGACGUUUCCUCUUCGGGCUGCUGAACGCCGAGCGGAUGCACGACAUUGAGCGCCACUUCGCCUGUGUGGUCUCUGAGCGCGUGAAGCAAGACGCCCUGCGGUGGCUGUUGGGCCAGGGCCGCUCCGCGGCGGCGCCAGAGGGAACGGAGCAGCCGGAAGGACUUGAGCGGGCCGAGGAGCCGGAGGGAGAAGACGAGGAGUUCAGCUACCCGCUGGAGCUGCUGUACUGCCUGUACGAGACGCAGGAAGGCGAGUUCGUGCGCCAGGCCCUGCGGGGCCUGCCAGAGCUGGCGCUGGAGCGAGUGCGCUUCAGCCGCAUGGACCUCGCGGUCCUGAGCUACUGCGUGCGGUGCUGCCCGGCGGGACAGGCGCUGCGGCUGCUCAGCUGCCGGCCGAGCGUGGUGCGGGAAAAGAGGAAGAGAAGCUUAGUGCAGCGGCUGCAGGGCAGCCUGGGCGGCGGGAAUUCUCGAGCCACCCAGAGACAACCGUCAGCCUCCCCACUGCGUCCACUCUGUGAGGCCAUGACUGACCAGCAAUGUGGCCUGAGCAGCUUGACGCUGUCCCACUGCAAACUCCCAGACUCUGUGUGCCGGGACCUGGCUGACGCCCUGAGGGUGGCCCCUGCCCUGACCGAGUUGAGUCUCCAGCACAACAGUCUCAGUGACAUGGGCUUGCGACUGCUGUGUGAGGGGCUGGCCUCGCCCAGGUGCCGAGUGCAGACGCUCAGGGUGCAGCAGCCCAGCCUCCAGGAAUCACUCCAGUACCUGGUGGGCCUGCUCCUACAGAAUCAGGUGCUGACCACCCUGGACCUCAGCGGCUGCCAGCUGCCAGGUCCCACUGUGACCUACCUGUGCAUAACCCUGCAGCACCCUGGAUGCAGCCUGCAGGCCCUCAGUCUGGCCUCUGUGGAGCUGAGCGAGCAUUCGCUGCAGGAGCUACGGGCUGUGAAGACGGCGAAGCCAGGACUGGCCAUCACACACCCUGGGCUGGAGGACAGCCCUGAAGCCUCCCAAGGGGUCAGCAGCAUCCAGCCCGGGCUACGCCACCUUCUGGGCAAGGAAGGAGGCCCUGGACGGCCCUACCGGUCUCCUUGCCUGGGGCCGCCUCCCGGGGGCGGGGACCUGGGGCCCUUCCGGGUGACGUGGAUGGGCAGGCAGCGGGACUUCUGCUUCCUGCACCUGGAGAAACAGCAGCAGCCCCAGGGGCAACCCGGAGACCCCAGACUUCCUCUCUGGUGGUCGGAGCAGGAGACUGGCUGUGGGUGA